GGGGUAUAUCCCCACUUAUUGAUGGGCCAUGGAUGGGCAGCAGCUGCGUGACUUUCUAUGUUUCCGCUUCCUGGGCGUGGUCGAGUUAUGCACUGUAGAGGCCACGAAGAGAAGCUGGAGCCAAUUAGCCAAGGAGGAUGCCUUGUGGUUGGAGCUCUGCCGAGACCUUUGGUGCAGAAAAGUGCAGCGCUAUCGCUUGACGAAGCAACGACAAAGCGAGUUGCAGGGAUCUGCAAGCUGGAAGGAGCUUUACAGGCAACACUUGGAAGAUGGCAGACGUGUAUGCAUCACCCAGCAAGAGCUCACUGAGACCGUCUGGGAUUUUACCUUCCGUUUGCACCCGCAGAUCCGAGCCUCCUCGGCCUUCCGUUUCGAAGCUUCCGGGAAUGUAGGUGGACACCCCAACGGCCUAACCUAUCAGUGGUUCUUGAGUGCUGAUGGUUCACGCGUGGAGUUGGGUCAGUUUCCCCAAGCCAAAGUGCUGCGGCGGAAAGACUGGGGCUGGGCCAUCUGCAACAGCAACGUGGUUUGUUGUUCUGUAGAUCCUGAAGAUCUGGAGCAUGCCGCUGCCGUGGAUCUUCACCCGGAACUGUUUUGCUUGGAACAACUGGGUCCUUCACUACAGUUGGUGCGGUUUCUGAUGCAGCUCACCGUACCCAGUCCCUCAGAGCGAUCUGACCGAUCUGAGCCGAACAGGCGACGGAGAUAGGGUAUCCGUACUGAAUCCCUACUGGAGAUUCAUG